AUGUCAUUUUUCGGACUGGGCGGCGGCAAUAGCAACACUCCUCAGUUGAGCUCUGAGCAGAAGAUCACGGCUGCAGAAAAUGAGUUGGAUAUGGUAACCACCAUGUUCAACUCUCUCUUAGACUCUUGCUAUAGAAAAUGCUUCGAUAAAAACUAUGACAACGGAGAUUUGACCAAAAAUGAAUCCUUGUGUAUAGAUAGAUGUGUUGUCAAGUACUUCGCUGCCAAUGUCAAGGUGGGAGAGAGUAUGCAGGAGCUGGGAAAAAGUGGUAGUCUAGGUAGACCCACUCAAUAA